AUGGCGGCGUUCCAUUCAUUGUCGUCCGGUGCGACGCCUGGAGAUGGCAUGAGCCUCAACAGCGCUGUAGUGGACGGCCUGGACUCUUCCAUGUUUGAUGACUCUUUGUUGGAUAAUGUGAAUGGAACCUUUCCUACGUUGCCGUUCACGCCGAGCUACGAUUUCCAAGAUUUCUCUGCCCCUGGUUUCGAGGAUCCUUUCGCAUACUCGAACCGACCGUUCGAAGCGCAGCCGGCGCCGGAGUUCAACCAAGAUUCGCCCACGCAGGAACUAGACAAUAAGCUUCUGGGCUUCUCGGCUCCCACGCUUAAGGCAACCCUAGUCGAUGGAGCUGGGCAGCCUGCGGAGCUUACCAUGACGGCCGAGCUGUACGGCAUGUUUUUUGUGGCGGAGGAUGUAUUUGGCGCAGACAACAACGGUCGACCUCUCGAGCUUACCUGCUACCGCCGGAAUCUAUGGCAGUGCUCUGGGCAGAUCACCUUACCUCGGCACAUUACGCAUGCUGUGGACGAACAGGGACGUCAAAUACCUAUCUUUGAGCUUGCGGCUUCGAUUACGGCAAUAGAGUCCAUCGAGGGUAAGGUGACAGAGAUAAUAUCGAUACCCUGGAAGAGCGCGCAUCCGAUCGGUACAGAAGAGCCCAAAUCAUCUGGUGGGCCGCCCAAUAUUGUCCUGGAUCUGGGCAAUGGCCAAGAAUUAGACGCGCAAAGGGUGUCGCUGCCUCUGUCAUGGAAAAGAUUACAAUUCAAGCAUGCGACGGCAAAUAACGGAAGGAGGAAAGGCCUCCAGCAGCAUUACUUGGUGCAAAUCAGCCUUCUCGGAAAGCAGCAGUCUGGGGACUACAUCAAAGUCGCCGACAUCCACUCCGGUCCCGUCAUCGUAAGGGGCCGCAGCCCAAGAAACUUCGACAGUCGGAAGGACAUCCCUCUGACGGGAGACAAGAAGCUUGAGAGGAGGAGUAACAGCGAUGCUUCUGUCUCCGCCCCAGUGUCUCAGAAGGACGGCAUGCCAACACCUGUUCAGAAAUACCAGCCUCUGAGCAACGUUCAGCAAUCUACAGAAUGGGGAACACCACAUUUGUACAGAGAACCGAACAACAGUCAACCUCCUGCCAAGAAACUGGCUUUGUCGCCAGGAAUCACACGACCGCCAAUCCCGGCAUGGUCGUCAGAACCGGCCAGACAACCAAAGAGGUCGUCAAUGUCUGGCUCGCGACCAGGGAUAUCCGGCCCCAUUAACUUAUCCCUAUCCGAAGACGAGAGGAGUCCGAAUAGGUCAAACUCGGACGUGCAAAGUCCGCAGUUUACGAAAUCCAUGGCAGCAGCAGCUCACAAUCCAAGCCAGAGUCCUAAAGAAGAGGACGACUUAUUAUAUGAAUACUUUCCACUGAGUGUUGAUGACUGGAUGCCGCCAGUGGAAGCCAUUUACCGUCCCCACGUUGUCCAUCACACAAUUGUGCCGCCCGAGAUCAAAGCACAGCAAUUACGCAGCAAAAGCAAGCGGAUGUUCACAGCCGAAUCUUAA